GUUAUUACAUAUCGCAGAGCAUUAAAUUUUUCCUUUGAUCGGGUAUUUGACGUUUUAACGGCGAUAGUUGGCAGCGACCAGCGCGUUUGGGACUUGGGGCUUCACGCGUGCGACGUCAAUAGAUCACUCGUGUGAACGAAGGGAAUUUUGGAAACCGCAUACCGUUCUGUCCACACUCCUUUUCAGUUUUCACAUGACUGAUACAUAAGCGAAGCAACGCAGUUUCUUCAGCCGUCACAGCCUCCAGACUCCGACCUUUCUCGCUCCCUCUCUCUCUCUGCGUGUUCUAUUAACUGAAAGCCCUAGAGCUGACGACAGAGAAAAUGGAGUUCUCUCAAGAUGACUUCGAUCGGCUCCUGAUGUUUGAGCAUACUCGAAAAUCCGCUGAAGCUACCUACGCUAAGGAUCCUCUCGAUGCUGAUAAUCUGACUAAGUGGGGUGGAGCUUUGAUUGAACUGUCUCAAUUUCAGAGCGUUCCAGACGCAAAAAAGAUGUUAAAUGAUGCCAUUUCCAAGUUGGAGGAGGCUUUGGUGAUAAAUCCUGCCAAGGCUGACACACUAUGGUAUAUAGGAAAUGCAAAUACCUCAUAUGCAUUUCUGACUUCUGACCUUGCUGAGGCAAAAGGGUAUUUUGAUAAAGCAUCUGAUUACUUCCAACAAGCAGUAGAUGAGGAACCCAGUAACGAUCUCUACCGAAAAUCUCUAGAAGUCACUGCAAAGGCACCAGAGCUACAUAUGGAGAUCCAUAAGCAUGGAAUUAGUCAACAGACAAUGGGUGGAGGGUCUUCUGCUUCUUCAAAUGCAAAGGGUUCCAAGAAGAAUAAGAAGAGUAGUGAUUUCAAAUAUGACAUUUUUGGAUGGAUAAUCCUUGCAGUUGGAAUUGUUGCAUGGGUGGGAAUGGCGAAAUCCCAUGUUCCUCCUCCACCUCCAAGAUAAGCCAUAAAGUAAAAUAGUAAAUGUGUCAAUGCUUUUGUUGGAACCUUCAGAUGUUUAUGAAACAAUUACAACAGGAAGUCGUGUAGUUGAUUGAGUUAAGCAUGCAGUAAUUCAAUCUGCAUGUUUAUUUUGAAUCUUCUGUUUCUUCAUUGUUAAUUUGGUCAGUAGGAUUAUUCCUGUGCGAAUUUUAGCCAUCAGUAUGUGUAAUCAAUCUAUUAUGCUUUCCUCUUUCCUUCUUUCA